AGUAGUAGUGGUAGUAGUGAUAGUACUAGCAGUAGUAGUAAUAUGAGAACCCUCCUCCUAACUAUAUUAAUAAUUGCCUAACUUGCACGUGUAAAGUGUUUCAGGUGUACAGGAUGAGGGGCUGGUGGUGCACCCUUCUGCUAGUGGUGGUGGAAGUGAUGGGGACAGGACCACCUUCAGAUUUUGUGGGCCGACUGACUGCACUUGACUUUACGGAUGGUAACUACUAUAUGAUGGGCAGAGAAGGCGUGACGGCCUCGCUGGACGACCUGCAACGCGGCCAAGAUGGACUAAUAGUAAAACUGAACAACGUUAUCAGGACACUCAAGGAGGACGAAUUGAAAUUGAACAACAUCUUCUACAAACUUGGCCGACAUGACACCAACUUGGAAGAUGUUGACUCAAACCUCCAUCGGCUAGGUGACUCAUCUAGACGCAUUGAAGCCAAGCUUAACAAGCACGCCUAUAAUGUUGAUUUCCUUCGCCGUCGAGUAGAGGAGCUUCAUCGGCAGUGGCAAGGCGAGGCAGGCAUACAGGUGGAAGUGGCAGCUGUGCGUUCCAUCACUGAUCGUUUGGAUGACCGACUGACGGAUGCCCUUGCCCGCUUGGGACUGGUUGAAAAUACUACUAAAACCCUGGAGAAAAGAUCAGCACCAGGUCACCUUGGUGUUUUCCAGGCAGCUGAGAGGCCUCCUACCCUCACUGUGUACCCUCACCCUAGCCGAGAUUCAUGUCGUCUGGAUUUUGAGCGUGUUGGGAGUGACUGUUACUGGUUUGGUGGUGAGGAACUGACCUUCACAGAGGCCACAGCUGCCUGCUUGGGUCAUGGAGGUAGCCUGCUAACCCUGCCUUCUCCUGGUACUCAGCUGACCUUGCUCCUUGCCCGCCUCAAAAAAGACACCCUUUACUGGACCGGUGGGACAGACGCCUUUCGUCACGGUUACUGGGUUUACCUAAUGACGGCCCAGCCCGUCAUGCCCUUACACUGGGCUGGAGGGAAUGAAUCCAAUCCACGCAGCGUUGACAGUCAGCCGGAACCCGACAGCCAUCACUGUGCCGGCCUGACCUCCCAGGGGCUCACUGCGCGCCCAUGCACCCAGCGUCAUCCCUACAUAUGCCACGUCAUGUGAAGUGGUCUCAGUGCAUGUAGUCUGAGUGUUGUGUAAUUCGAAUAGAAACUCUAUAAUAAAAACAAAAGAAAAAAUAAAUACAUAAAUAAACCAAAUCAGGUUGCCAUGUACGUUAUUUGAUAUUUCAUGUGCAUUUCAAAUAAUAUAAUGUAUGAUACGUAGACUCUAUCACAUCUGAGUAGUAUUUCAGACAUGUAUAAAGCAGACUCUAGUGUAAUGUUGUGGUUAUAGUAGUUAUAGCGGUGCCACAGGAGUCGAAGCGAAAACCUUAGCAGUACAUGGUUAUUGCAUUAUUUACCGAUAGGUCCAAGAACGUCAUUUAGUUGUACAUACGUACAUAUUAAGGGAAUGUUAACUUUUUUUUUAUUUGUAUUAUUUUAGCCUCUUUUUUUAUAUUUAAAGUUAGGAUUAAUUAAUACUGUAGGCAUUAAUAUUAUUGAUUUACCAUAUAAAUGUAUUUAAGGACAAAAUAAUUCAAUACAAGAGGACAAAUUCCCAAGCCCCUUUUCAUUUUUUUUUUUUUUCGCGAUUUUUGUGUAGACGCUGCCUGCGACAGAGUUCAGUGCUAACUAUAGCUCCUAAAUCUUUCUCGUGCCCUGUAGCUACCAGAGCAAAGUUUGACAGGAAUAAUGGACAUUUUCUAACGUUUUGCAAUGAAAAGAGUUAGAAAAUAAAACUUGCUUGUCAAAGACAAAAAUUGUGUUACAUAGUGAAUUAUUAAACAGGUAUUCUCC